CUGUACUCUCGCGAGUACACAGUAACUUCACACGGGCGAGAGGGAGAUGGAGAGAAAUGAGGUCUGAAAAGGACCAAAUGACCGUGGGCAAGGAGAAAAGCGUCGUCGAGAUACAGUUCAGAGACAUACCAAGAGAUCAGGAAAACGCUCCUGGUAACACCAAGCAGAAAGAAGAGAAGAAAGAGGUUUUUACGAAGGUGGUGCUUAGAAGACUUCCACCCAACCUGUCAAAGGAGCAGCUGGAGGAACAGCUCAGCCCACUUCCACCUUAUGACUAUUUUGAGUUCUUUUCAGCUGAUCAGAGUCUUUAUCCCCAUCUGUUCUCAAGAGCGUAUAUCAAUUUUAAAAACCCUGAAGAUAUCCUGCUGUUUCGAGAUCGAUUUGAUGGUUAUGUCUUCAUUGACAACAAGGGCCAGGAGUAUCCUGCAGUGGUAGAAUUUGCCCCCUUCCAGAAAAUCUCCAAGAAGAAGCUGAAAAAGAAAGAUGCCAAAGCUGGGAGCAUUGAAGAAGACCCAGAAUAUAAACGGUUCUUGGAGAAUUAUUCCUGUGAUGAGGAGAAAUCUAUGGCCAACCCUGAGACUCUACUGGGCGAGAUAGAGGCCAAGACCAGAGAGCUCAUAGCCAAACGGACAACACCACUGUUGGAGUACAUUAAAAAUAAGAAAAUUGAGAAGCAGAGAAUAAGAGAGGAGAAGAGAGAAGAGAGGAGAAGAAGAGAGCUGGAAAAGAAACGUCAGAGGGAGGAGGAAAAGCGAAAGCGACGAGAGGAGGAAAGACGCAAGCGAAAGGAGGCAGAGAAGCAGAAGAAAUUGUCUGAUAAAGAUAUUAAAAUUAAGCUCCUGAAGAAGAGUGACAGAGACGAUGACGUGGAUUCCGACCGAGUGAAGGAUAAAAGUGAUAUUGUGGAGACAGACAGAGGCAAAUGGGACAAAGCUGGAGGACAAAUGAAGCCAAAGGACUCCAAAGAAAAAGGUCAGCCUGAGAGCGACAAGGAGCAGAGAGAGCAGCAUGGCCGCAGACAGAGAGAAAAGGAUCACAGAGGAAAAGAUGAAGACAGGAAACGACAGCGGCAUCACUAUGAGUUUGACAAGUUCAUGCGUCGCAAAGAUGAGACCAAAUGGGGGAAGGGCUACUGCCAGGACCGAGCCAAGAAAGAGGGGCACCAUCAUGGCUAUUCUUACUGUCCAGACAGUGGGGAUAAACUGGGAAAGGAGGAGAGGGAGGAUGUGGGGAACAGGAAGGAACGCCUCAGAAACAAGGUGAGAGAGAAGGACCGUCCAGCCAUGCAGCUAUAUCAGCCAGGCGCACGCAACCGAAAACGCAUGAGCUCCGCUUGCAAAGGCUACGACUGCAUCCCGGUGGGCCACUCACCUGAACCCGGCGCAGAGCAUUGUUAUGAGGUUGUCCCUCUGGCAACGGGGCUGGAAAAGGGGUUUGAGAAAAACAAAGAUGAACAGUGAGCAGUCUGGAUGUAUAUAGAAAAUACAGAUAAAUUAUUUGGCUUUUCAGCCGAAGUUGAUAGUGACAGGUUUGACUGGUUAUCACUGAGCUUUCAAAAAACAAUGCACUCCAUUUAGGGAGAAAGGCACUUCAAAAGCAAGCAGUCAUUCAGUGUUUUUUAUCUGCAUUAGGUGUAACAAAAGUCAGAGCUUUGAAUGUCGAUCAAGGCUUGUGUUUUGCUGAAGCAUGAACAUUUUUAUUACACACUAAACAUUUUAAAUAUCACACUGUAAAAAAUAAAGAACCAUCAGAAUACACCUUUAGCUUGAAUUCUUGGAAAAAAACAUGUAAAAACAGUGAGAAGAGGGGAAGCACUUGCAGUCACAUUUAUGAUAGCACAAAAUGUUCAUUCUUUUUCUCACAGGAGUGUUUUGAUGCAAAUGCAGAAGCUGAUAUUUCAGUUGAAUUUUGAAGUUGCCUCCUGCUAGCUUGUUGUCACUUUUGUGAAAGCUUUUUCCUAAGAGUCAGCACCAUGUCAUUUCUGUAAAAGGCAGCUCACUUUUGGCACCCAUGUGUUUGCUAGAGAAACCAUGACCUCACCGCUGCAUCUCCAAGCUUUUGUAGACUCUGCUGGACUUGGAUGUUUUUAGAAUUCCUGUAGAUUUUAUUAAAUCAAAGUAUAGGUUGAACUUACAAACCACGGAUAUAGAAAAUUUGACUGAGGAAAAGCUUUUUCCAUCACUUCUAUAUGUCUUAUUAGAUUUGUGUCCAACUUAUUCUAAGGUGUCAUACAACAGAGACAAUGUUUUUGUUUUUGUUUUUGUUUUCAAACAAAGCUUUGUACAUGAUCAUCCAUGAGCCAAGAAGAACACAUUCUCUACAUUUCUACAAAGCAUUUCCAAGAAAUAAAAUGUGAAGUUACAAAAUAUGACACAGAUAAAUGAUUUUUUUAUGCUGUGUACAUGGUUUUCUAUUGAUUCAAUCGACUAAAUGUAAUGAAGGAGCCACAAAUAUUAAUAAAGUAAUAUAGUGUUUAAGAGGCCUUAUAUUAUUUUUGCACAUGACCUCACAUUUUUCCAUCAUACCUCUUGUAUCAUUUUCUUUUCUUGAAGCUAUGAGAAAAUAAAUCUGUUCUACCGUUACAAAACUGUGUUUCA